GAAAAAAAAAAUUCUGAACAAACUCAAAACUUUUGUUCGAAGAAUUAAUUUUUAAAUCGACUAAUUUCAGCGAGCGACGACACCACUCAAAGACAGAGGUGAUUGAGAAAGAAUAAACAAAAUUAAUCGAAAUGGAGGAAUACGCCAGAGAACCUUGUCCUUAUCGCAUCGUUGAUGAUUGCGGUGGUGCAUUUGCAAUGGGUUGCAUCGGUGGGGGUGUUUUCCAAGCAAUAAAAGGUUUCAGAAAUGCUCCUUCAGGAUUAUCGCGUAGAUUUAUUGGAAGUUUAACAUCAAUCAAAGCUCGAUCACCAAUUAUCGCUGGAAAUUUUGCUGUUUGGGGUGGAAUGUUUAGUACAAUAGAUUGUACAUUGGUACACUUCAGACAAAAGGAAGAUCCAUGGAACAGUAUAGUUAGUGGAGCAGCAACUGGCGGAAUCUUAGCAGCACGUAAUGGAGUAGCGGCAAUGACUGGAAGUGCCAUCAUUGGUGGCGUUCUAUUAGCUUUAAUUGAAGGUGUAGGAAUUUUAUUCACAAGAUUAUCAGCCGAACAAUUCAGGAAUCCAUCACCACAAGAUCUCCCACAAGACCCGUCAGUUCUCGGCGAUCCCAACAAAAAUGGCUUCAGCUUUGGCUCUCCUCCACCUAGCUAUCAAUAAGAAUGAUGAUAACAAUUGUAAUAGAUCCACAUUAAUUUUAUGUGUGAAUGUUUGGUGAAUGUGAAAAUCUGACAAUUCAAUUUAGUCAUCAAAACAAACGAAAAAGAAAAGUCUGGAAGAAAUUUGGAAUUUUGUUAAUACCAAUUUGUGAUUAUGUCUGCCAUUUAGCAACUUAUCCAAAUUUCAGUGAUAAAUCACGUAGAAAUCGAUUAUUUGUUCUCAUGUUAAAAUCGAAAUCAACGUGAAUUUUGUCUUAGUCGACUUUUUAAGAUCUAAGAUUGAAUUUGCAUCAGGAAUGUAAUGAAUGACAGAAGAUUUUGAGAUGAAUGAAAUGCUGAACAAUGACAACGGGAAUAUUUCCAAAUUUAAUUACUUUUUAUCUUUUCGAAUGCAAAAGAAAGUUUAAAUUCACUUUUAUCAUUGUCAUCAGCAUUUCAUCUUCUCAAUUCCAUUAAAUAACAUAAAUUUAGACAAAAUUCGCUUUAUUUUCUUUCCUUCUUUUCCGAAGACAAAAAAAAAUUCUCCACCCCCACAAAUUGAUUUAAAUGUAAAUAUGUUAGUCGAUUUUUUGUUUUAUUAAAUUCUUGUAAAGCCACGAGAAUAAUUCACCUAAAGAAUGAUUUGAAAUAAUUUUAAUCAAAAAUAAAGAAAAGCGAUUUCUUAAAUAAGUUAAA